AUGGUCACCAGAGGACUCCAUGAAUCAGAAAAACAAGUGGUAUCUGUACCUUCAUGGAUCAAUGUCAUGAGCAGAAGUAAAUUCUUCAUCGGCUGCGACGUCCAUGGAAGUUCAAAGAAGACGGAAUUGGACAGAUUUUGCAUCGACUGUUUAUCGUCUUUGUGCCCUAGUUGUCUUCCUAAUCACACAUCGCAUAAGCACGUUAAGAUUCGUAGAUACGUCUACAGUGAUGUAAUCAAGCGACAAGAUCUGCGUAAGCUCUUUGAUUGUUCAGGCAUACAGACUUAUCGUACUAACAAGGCAAAAGUGCUGUUCUUGAGACGAAGAUCAUCAACUUUGCGGCAGCAACGACAAGAAAACAAUUCGAGGGAUUUUUACAGUUGCAUUGUUUGUGGCCGAAGCUUGCAAGACAACACUCUCUAUUGCAGCAUUGAAUGCAAGGUAUCCGUUGAUGGAGAAAAUCACAAAGACGCAGACGAAAAGCGGAUUGAUGAGAACAUUGUGAAGUUAAAACCAAGACAAUCAUCAAGAAAAGGAGUCCCAUUUAGGGCCCCAAUGUUUUGA